AAAUAUUUUGAAAUCUUUUUGACCGUUUUACCCUCCAUUCCACUUAAAACCCCCUCCCCCAAUCCUCCGAAAUUUCCCCACAACUCCAAGGGUGAGGUUACGGAGGGAGAGAGAGAGAGAGAGGAAUGGAAGAGGAGAUGGAGAUAGAGCCAGUGUUCGAGGUGAGGGAGAUCGAUCUCGAUUACGAGUUUGAUGCUGCUCGGUUCUUCGAUUUCACUCGCGAGGAGUCGUUCGCGGAGGCUCGGGCGGCGGAGCUCUGGUUCGAGUCGGCGCCGAGUUAUCCUCCUUCUCCUUUUGUUAAAAAGUUAGUUUUGGGGGAGGACACUCUCAUGGGAAAUGUCAAUGUCUCUCCUAAAAGUAAGGAAGUGGAGGAUAAUAGUACAGUGCUCAACAAUGAACCUGAUGAUGCCUUGUACCAUGAAUAUUCUGUCUUGGAUGUCGCUAGAAGAGAUCACGAAGGAAGUCAUGGAAGGAUCUUUACUGAUAUACAAAAGGUUCUUCAGAAAGCUUUGAAUAAACCAUUACAAUUUACUGCAGGCUUUGCAUUCUGGGAUGAAAUAUCGAAAGAUAAACUGAAGCCCAAAUCUGAGACUGGUAAACCAUUUUUGCCCAGGAGCUCAACUCUGAUGAAACCUACAGCUAGUCAGUUAGCAAAACAAAAUGAGCCCCAUCGUGUUGCUGGGUCUAGAUUUCAGAAGAUACUUGCUCAAAACAACAAGAGUAGCCUGUGCAAUUCCUCCGCUGUUGAGACUCAAGCUGCCAAGAGGCAGAAGCUGGAGGGAGGUCUCCUGCGCAAGGUUGGUGAUUUGAAUCAGCAAAGUAAUUUGGUUCACAAGGCACCUAAAAAGGACGGAGCUGCUGAUAAAAACUCAAUACAUACAAGGUUGAAACUCACCAUUCCAAGAGAGCCUGAACUUGAAACAGCACAUCGUGCUCAAAGGAUACGGCCUAAGACUGGUGCAGAACAAGAACAUCCGACGUCUACUGCCAAUAGAUUCAAAGCACGUCCAUUGAACAGAAAAAUUCUGGAGGCCCCAUCUCUACCACUUCCAAAGAAGAGCAUACCAAGGCCGCCAGAGUUUCAGGAAUUUCACCUGAAGACAUCUGAGAGGGCUGUGCAACACUCAUUUGCUCCAUCAUCGUCUUCACUUCAAAGCAAUCAUCCUGUUAAGGGGCCAGAUAAACCUAGUACAAGUUCUUUUGCAGACAAUGAAGCUAGAGAAACCAGAAGACCAACUACUGUGGACACCUCAGUGCAGGAAGGGUCUGAUGUAAAGUAUACCUUCAAAGCUCGCCCUUUUAACAAGAAGAUAUUUUCUAGUAAAGGUGAUAUUGGUGUUUUCAGAAAUAGCAAACGGGAAAUCACAAUGCCAAUGGAAUUUAACUUCCAUACAGAGAAGAGAGUUCAGCAAAAUCUACCGAUAGAGCUUUUUAGUAAGCUGUCACUAACAUCCGAACUACAGCAAAAUAAUGGAUCUCAGUGGAAGAUGCCCAUGCCUACCCGUACACCUAUAAAGGGCUCAAAAGAAAACAGAUUGACUUCUUUUCAACCAGUACAUGAGAUAAGGCAUUUAGCAAAGGAAAAACCACCUUCAUUUGGUGUAAGGCAGGUUCAGUGUGGUAAUGAUGAGAGCACUGAAGUGGGCAACCAAGGAAGCAUGAGGAGCCUGGGCAUUCGAUGAAAGCAAAGCAUUUGUAAAAUGGUCUCCGAUACAGGCAUCUAACUUACGUUUCUGCUGUUGGAAGUCUGAAGGAUAAUCGCACAAUUGCACAAAUCUCAUCAAAAGAUACAAGUUUUUGCUGUAUAUGGAAUCUGUGGACAACCACGCCACUGAUAGCAAUCUUAACCCUCAAAAUACUGAUCUCAUACCACAGGUUUAUGUAAUCAAACUUCUAAGUUCUAUGCUUGGUACAUUUAUGACCUGUAGUUCAUAGUCCAAUAAAUACAUCAAAUUCACAUACCCCAUGUUGUACAGCCUUCAAAGUAGGCAUCAUCAUCCCAUUUCCUUUUACUUCAUUUUGUAGAACUCUAAUGACAAGUAAUGGGAAGACUAUUAUGUUUUAUCAAAAAAUACGUUUGUGCAAA